CUUAUUCGUCCCGAAAUGAAGUCGUUUAAUUUAACUGAAUCCCAUUUAAGUAAUUAUGGCUUUGAAGCUAUUAUCAAUAACGAAGACAUGAAAACAUUUUUCAAAAGAUACUGGCAUUAUUCCAUCUACGUAUCAUUCAUAUAUCUGUCGACUGUCUGUUUACUAAGAGAGUACAUGAAGUUUAGACCCGCCUACGAUCUCAGACGUACAUCUAUAAUUUGGAACGGAUUUCUUGCAAUUUAUAGUAUAAUUUCUGUGUUAAGAUGCUUGCCCGCAGUUUAUUAUUAUGUCACACGUUACUCCUUCUAUCAAAUAGUCUGCGAUAAAUCUCUAAUAGAACUGAGACCCGAAACUAUAUUCUGGAUUAUGCUUUUUUCACUUUCAAAAGUUUGGGAAUUGGGAGAUACCUUGUUGAUAGUGUUAAGAAAAAGGAAACUGAUGUUUUUGCAUUGGUAUCAUCACGUGGCUACUCUAAUUGCAAUAUGGUAUACCAGAUCUAAAGAGGGUUCUUUUGGAAUUUGCUUUGGAUUUAUGAAUAUCGUAGUUCAUUCAUUUAUGUAUUCUUAUUUCGCUUUAAAGUAUUUGAAUGUAAAGAUUCCUGUUAAAAUCUCCAUGUUUAUUACAGCUAUACAAACAUUGCAGAUGUUAUUUGGAGUCUUGCUCUCGUUUUGGGUCUAUUGGCUGCUCAUCAAUGGUUACAAAUGUGAUACUUCUAAAGACAACCUCGAAUUCAUGUUUCUUAUUCGUCCCGAAAUGAAGUCGUUUAAUUUAACUGAAUCCCAUUUAAGUAAUUAUGGCUUUGAAGCUAUUAUCAAUAACGAAGACAUGAAAACAUUUUUCAAAAGAUACUGGCAUUAUUCCAUCUACGUAUCAUUCAUAUAUCUGUCGACUGUCUGUUUACUAAGAGAGUACAUGAAGUUUAGACCCGCCUACGAUCUCAGACGUACAUCUAUAAUUUGGAACGGAUUUCUUGCAAUUUAUAGUAUAAUUUCUGUGUUAAGAUGCUUGCCCGCAGUUUAUUAUUAUGUCACACGUUACUCCUUCUAUCAAAUAGUCUGCGAUAAAUCUCUAAUAGAACUGAGACCCGAAACUAUAUUCUGGAUUAUGCCUCGCAGCCAGCAGUGA